CCGGCCGCCGGGCCGCGUAGACGGGGCGGCACGGCCGCCUCUCCCCGCGCAGCCGCCGCUCUGCCGGCGGCCGCCAUGGAGGAUGUGGGCUCGGGCGUGAACGCGGACGCGGAGGUGCGGAAGCUGCAGGAGCUGGUGAAGAAGCUAGAGAAGCAGAAUGAACAGCUUCGCAGCCGCCACGGCGCCCUGCCCGCCGCCCCCGCCAGCCCCAAGCGCCUGCCGAGCGCCGGGCCCUCCUCGCCGCCCCCCGCCGUCUCCCCGUCGCCCGACGGCCGCUGUCUCAGCCCCAGGGCCGUCGCCCGGCGCUCGCUCCCCGAGGAGCCCGGCGGUGGCGAUGGGGGCAGCGGCGGCAAUGGCCUCCUGGACGACGCGGCGGUGCUCAGGCCGGAGGAGCUGGAGCGGCUGGCCGGCUGCGAUGAGGACGAGACCGGCUGGUUAUAUACAUCUCCAAAGAAGAAAAAAAAUCCACUGCAAAAAAGUGUCAGUCCAUUAGUUUGGUGCAGACAGGUAUUGGAUUACCCAAGUCCUGAUGUUGAAUGUGCUAAGAAGUCACUGAUCCACAAGCUGGAGCAAACAAUGUCAGCUCUCAAGAGACAGAGUUUGUACAGCAGCCCUUUCAGUGCGGUCAGUUACGCGAGCUCCUACAGUCCAAAUACCGGCAGCCCCUACAGCAGUGGCUUCAACUCUCCCUCCUCAACACCAGUGAAAUCUGCUUUAGUGAAACAGCUCAUACCUCCUGGUACCUCAGGUCAUCUUAAAAUUUCAGGAGAUAGAAAUCCUCCACUAAGUCCACAGUCUUCUCUGGACAGUGAAUUAAGUGCGUCGGAGAUGGAUGAAGACUCUAUCGGGUCUAAUUACAAGUUAAAUGAUGUUACAGAUGUGCAAAUUUUAGCACGAAUGCAGGAAGAAAGCCUGCGGCAAGAGUACGCAGCCACGGCGUCUCGGCGUAGUUCUGGCUCCUCCUGCAAUUCCACGCGGCGAGGCACGUUCAGUGACCAGGAGCUUGAUGCACAGAGCUUAGAAGAUGAGGAGGAUGGCACACAUCACACAGUGCACCCUGCUGUCAGCAGGUUCUCACCAUCACCUCGCAGUUCUCCCUGGCCUUCACCAAAACAAUCCCCAAGAAACUCGCCUCGCUCCCGAUCACCUGCUCGAAGCAUAGAGUACAGCAGAGUGUCACCACAGCCCAUGAUCAGCCGCUUGCAGCAGCCUCGUCUUUCCCUUCAAGGCCAUCCUACAGACUUGCAGACUAGUAAUGUCAAAAGUGAAGAAAAGCUAAGGCGUAGUCUUCCAAACUUGUCCAGGACUUCCAACAUCCAAGCAGAGUCUGUGAAAAACAGCAGAAGUGACUCAAAUUUCCAAGUGCCAAAUGGAGGAAUACCUCGCAUUCAACCUCAAGCCUCAGCCACUCUGCAAAGGCAGAAAAAUUUGCCUCGUGCUGCCUUCAAAACCAAACAGUUUCUUCAAACUCCAUCUACAAAAGGAGUACCUUCUUCGAGUAAAUUCCGCUCGCCCGCGGCACCUUCUCCCUUGGCCCUGCGGCAGCCGGUGAAAGCAUUCAGCACCCACGGGCCGGGCUUGGCUGCCUCUCCAGAAGCCGCUCAGCUGACGCACAGCAGUUCUUCACCAGGGCCCCUCGCAGCCCAGAGCUCAGGCUUGCCCAGUCCUGCCAGCAGUAUUAACAGUACUACUCUUACCAGACCAGCAGGGAUGAGGAGUGGCUUGCCCAGACCCAGUGCCCCUUCCACAGGGGGCAUCCCAGUGCCUCGUAGCAAACUUGCACAGCCUGUUCGCAGAUCAUUACCCACUCCCAAGACAUAUGGCAACGUGAAAGAUGAGAGUUGGAAAGAUGGCUGCUACUGAUCUGCACAGCUUAAUGCAGAGUUCCAGUGCUCAUGGAUACUUCCUCACCAGGCAAAAAGACAGCUUGAUUAAACAAACUGUUCAGAUAUGACUCUUGGAAUUUGUAAAAAUUCCAAACCUCUCUGUCUCUAAUUAGCACAAACUGGCAGAGAUUAUUAUAAAGCAGCACUUUAAUGACAUCUAACAUCAGAUGUUUGGUGGUCAUACAAUCACUUCUACAUUAAAUUGCUAUCAGUUCUGGGGGCUUUUUUAUUGCUUGCUAAAAAUGUUAUCAAUAUGAGCAUUUAUGAGAGUGGCCAAUGUCGGGGCAAAAAUGAAUGAAUGCCAAAGAAAUGCCCAUCUUGAAAAACAGCAAGGAUAACUAUCAACACACAUCAUCCAAAACUUCAUUUUCAACCUGCUUUAACUCAGCAAGAAAGAUUGCUGAAUAUGUACUAUUGAAACAAGGCUACAUGAAUCAGAGCGCAUGUUCUGAUUGCAGACUGCUACAGUGCUAGGGAAACGUUGCUUUUAACAAUUGUGUGAGAUCCCAGCUGGGGCUGGAUCUGUCCUUCAGUAGUGCAGGAAGAAUCAGCAGCUACUCUGGAGGAUUGGGCAGGACAGGGAGUUGUAGCCAUGACUUCUGUCACAUUAAAAGGUUUGAAUGUAGCAGACACACACAAUGCAAUAGUAUAGAUUGCAUCUUUCCUAUGUUGAUUUAUUGGCUUUACCUACUCCUACAUUUGAUUGCCAGAAGGGCUUAGUAUCAGUUGUACAAUCUUUCUAAUUUUAAAUUCCUGGCUCAGGAAAGAUGGCCUUCAUUAUUGUAGCCACAUUUUUAACACAUGGCUUGCUAUUUGGGGAAAAAUUUUUUAUAGCAGGUUUCCUUGCAGAAGAAAGAGCAAGUGAUAAUUUUGAUUUAUUCUAAUACCAUACCACUAUACAUGCAGCCUGCAGCAACUAUAAAUGCUGAUAGUUAAGGAGAAGGAAACACAACUAUGCACUUGUAACAUACAAAUUUUAAGGAAAUGAGUUGACUCUUGAUGCCAAAUGAUAUUCAUUUAGGUGAUGUUCCAUGGUAUGAGGGAGUUUUCUGUAUCCUAUUUUUUUACUUUCAUCCAUUUCUUAAAUUGGUUUAUUUUAAAUUGUAAAUAUUUUUACAGAAGAUAUUGCCCAUGUAAGUGUGUUUAAAUAUGUACUUUGCCUUACAUAUGUGUAUCUUACAUUACUGGUAACAGAGUAUGAAACCUGCUAUGUCUGUUUACAAGCUAUUAAACUCCUCUGGUGGCUCUGACUUACUCUAAUACAUUUUGCUCAGAACAACUGAUA